GAAAUAGUUCGUUUCCCGUUGAUUUUAGCAGGUUACUGCGUGCUGAGUUGGUAGCAGUUUUCUUCAGUUGCAAAUAGGACUGCACACUCGUUCUGCAUUUUCAUUUGAUGUACAUAUAGCAGUUGUAAACAUGGGGUUGGUUUGGAGUUCAAACCGAGACAAAUUUGAGAACAUUUUGCAGAAGGAUGGAGGGAAAACUUGUUUAUCUUCUGUGGAUGACAGCUGGGAUGAUUCCGAGGAAAGCUUCUAUGAAACUGUUGAGAGGCAAUCACAGUCAUCAAGUUGUGAUAAUCUUGUGCCAAAACUCGAGAUCGACUCUGAAAAUUUUGGUAAAGAAUCGCCGACAACAACGUGUACUCCACGCGAUGUACAACAUGAAGAAAAUAUUUCACAGCCUGUUCUCCAAGUAAUGUCCAGCAACACGGGUGAAUCUUCAGGAAAAUAUUCCGAGACUAACUUUAAAUGUAUAGCUGAUGGAGAAAAAAGUGACUGCAUCGAUUACAACAUUGAUAGAUGGAAGACAGAAGUUGGCAUUGAUAGAGUUGACCCAUCAUUGGUUGAAAGGGAAGACCAAAUCACAGAAUGCAGCACCUUUUCGCUGCCAUUAAUUUCAGAGGAAAAACUGCUUCAGGGAAAGUAUUCAGGUAAAAGCCCAUCCAAUCCUGCAAUGCAUCAUGAAGAGAAGCUGAUUCCACAACCUGCUCUUCAAGGAAUGUCUAGCAACAUAUGCGGUUUAAACACAGGUGAAACUUUCAGAGGAUCCUCAGAGACUAACACAAAAUGCAUGGCUAAUGAAGAAGACAGUGACCGCAGUGUUAAUGGUGUUGAUAGAUGGAUGACACAACAUAAUAAAAGAACUGGUCCAUCAUGGGUUGAAGGAGAGGAUCAAAUAAUAGAAUGCAGCACUUUUUCAUUGCCUUUAAUCUCAGAGGAAAAGCUGUUGCAGGGAAAGUGUGCAAGUAAAAGCCUAUCUGAACCUGUAAUGUCUGUGGCAGUUGAUAAUAUACAGCAACAACAGUCUAAAGCACCUCUGCCUUGUGCGUGGCAAGUUGAUAUAGACUGUUUCAAAUCCAAGAAAAAGAAGAAACUACCCAAAAAGUAUUUAAGAGACAGAGAUGAAGACUUGCCAGCUGAUUAUGAUGAUAUUGAUGGCAUGUCUGUUGAUAAUCAAGGACCACACAGGAGAUUUUUGGCUUCUACAAAUAUUGCAACUCAAGAAAUGAUGGCUGGAAGAAAAGUGCUAGACCUGAGAAGAUGGUAUUGUAUAAGUCGGCCCCAAUACAAGAAGUCUUGUGGUAUUUCAUCUGUGGUGUCUUGCUGGAAUUUCCUGUUUAGCUCUCUUGGUGCAGGCAGUUUACAGCCCCUCAGUCAAGAGGACGCACUAAACAUACUGGGAUUCAAACCACCAUUUGGAGAAAUAAGGUUUGGACCUUUCACUGGAAAUGCAACUUUAAUGAGAUGGUUCAAACAACUCUGCAAUCACUUUGGAGUGGAUGGGGAUACUUAUAUUCUAUAUAAACCAAAGGGAAAGAGUCGAACCAUUGGUUUGAGUGGAGAGGAAGCCUUACGUCAGCUCAAGAAGGGCCUACAUAACCCUCAGAUGUCUUUCAUUUAUCAUUGUUAUAACCACUAUUUUUGUCCCAUUGGAUAUGAGGAUUCACCCAUUAAAGCUGCUGAUGCAUACAGGGCACAGUUGUAUGAAGAUGAAGUGGAAACAUGGAUUUUGAUUGGGGACCCAAGUUGCAAACAUCCAAGUAUUCACUGCAAGAGGUGGACUGACAUUCAAACAGAUUUAAAUAAUGAAGCCCCAUUCUACCUCAACAUUCGUCAACUCCAUAAAGGAAUCCUGCAAAGAAAUGUCAAAAAGACAGGUGGAAAUCUUCAUUGUAUCAUGGCUUUCCAGAAAAGAACUUGGCACCAUCAUAGGAAACCUGUGGCUGCUGUAGGGAAGAGAGUGUUUCUUGACGAAGAAGAAAGUCAGAGUAAUGGAGACCUAACAGAAGAACACCUGCCAAGUGACUCUAGUGACUCAUAACUGUUUUCACUUCCAAGAUCUCUUUAGUAAUUCUCCUUACUAUCUGCCAUACAAUUCUUAUGAUGUUAGUUCUGAGAAUUUGGUAUUGGAUCAACUAAUACUUUGCUGAAUGAUAUCUUUAUUUAUUUUCAUCACUUGUCUGGCCGAUAUUGUAUUGAUAUUGUACGCAGAAAUUCCAUCUUGAUUACUUAUGGGAGUUUUGAGGUUUAAGACUAAACAUUUGAGCACAAUUGACUCCUCAUAACUGAAAUCUCACACUUACUCAAAUCACAACUGAUUUGCUCUUAAUUUUCUUCAUACUUACAAGUACAGUAAUUGUCCCAAAUAAGUCAAAACCUAAAUUCAAGGUGAUUUUUCUCUGUCCAGUCCUUCAGUGCACAAUACUAAUAAAUAACUCAAACCCCUUUGUCAAAGUACAUUGCAGUGUUCUUUUUAAAUCUGUUGUGUUAUUUUCGUUGUUGACAAAACAUUAUCCAAUAUUUUAGAAGAGAGGUGAGGUUAACAGAACUGUCUAGUUUGACCCUUCAUUCUCUGCCCUACAUUAUAUCUGUGCAGCUUCUAGAGACAAACAGGAUGAGAUGUUCACUGUAGGAACUAUGGAACAAUUUAGGUAAGUUUGGUAUAAGGUAAUUCAGUGUUAACAACUGAGGUAAAAACAUAAAUUGACCACCGUAAAGAGUUUAAAGGCUGAUCUUUUGAGUGUUAGCCCUUCGUCAGAGCAAUAGUAUAAGGUAGUUAUGUAAAAGGUUGUUUUUAUGCUCCAAGAAGGUUGAAAAAAGUGUGUACCUGUGGGUGAGGAAGGAGUUCUUAUCAACUUUGGUUUUCCUGUCACUAAACCCAAAAGCUGCAAUUCACUUAAUGAGAUUGGACAUAAAUUAAUGCAUAUAAUGAGUUAUUGUGACCAAGAACCUACUGUAGAUGGAGUCAGUGACAAAGACAUUUUGAUGUUUUCAUCAG